AUGCCUAGAGAUCCGUUGAUUGGUAUUGUUGGUAAACCAUCUUCUGGUAAGUCCACGACUUUGAACUCAUUGACUGAUGCAGUUGCUGCUGUUGGUGCGUUUCCUUUUACUACCAUUGAACCUAAUAGAGCGACGGGUUACUUGCAAGUAGAUUGCGCCUGUGAAAGACAUGCUUUACAAGAACUAUGUAAGCCAAAUUACGGGUGGUGUUCAAAUGGUAAGAGACAUAUUCCAAUUAUGUUGUUGGAUGUUGCAGGAUUGGUACCUGGGGCCCAUUCGGGAAGAGGUCUAGGUAAUAAGUUCCUGGAUGAUUUGAGACAUGCGGAUGCUCUGAUUCAUGUUGUUGAUGUAAGUGGUACCACCGAUGCUGAAGGUAAAAAUACUAGGGGCUAUGAUCCAUUGAAUGAUAUUGUGUGGUUGCAAGAUGAGAUUAGGUUAUGGAUCGAGGGUAAUCUGCAGAAAAGAUGGGGGUCCAUUGUUCGUAGACAUACAGCUACCAAAUCUUCUAUUGUAGAUACUUUACAAGGUCAAUUUGGUGGUUACGGUUCUCAUGCACCAAUGAUUCAAAGAGCAUUGCAAAGUAUAGAUGGUCUUCCACCCUUGGAAAAAUGGGAUAACGACUGGAUAACAAAAGUUGUGAAGGCUUUCAUGGUAGAGAAAUUCCCCACUGUAUUGGCUUUGAAUAAAAUUGAUCAUCCUGACGCCGAUAAAAACGUAUCAAAAAUAAUGUUGAAAUACCCUGAUACAAAGGCAGUCUUGACUAGUGCUGUCACAGAAGUGUUCUUAAGAAAGAUGAAGAAACAAGGUUUUAUUGCAUAUGAAGAAGGUACUGAAUUCGUGGAUACUUAUGAAGACGAUCCUGAUAAUUUAAAGGAACUCGAUGAGAAAUUACUAGAUAGAAUCGAAAAAAUUAGAGAUUUGGUUCUUUAUAGAUUUGGUUCAACUGGUGUCGUUAAAGUGCUUCAAGCUGCGACAGAUGUAUUGAACCUAAUUCCAGUGUACACUGUUAGAAACAUACAAUCAUAUACCGGUGGUAAUGGUAAAAAUGUUUUCAGGGACUGUUUCCUGGUCAAAAAAGGCACUCCAGCUGGGAAAGUGUCGAGAUAUAUAAUGGGGACAGAUGUAACUAUAGCCGCAAUUGAAACAGUCGGCGGGGUAAGAGUUAGUGAAGAUGCUCCAGUUGAGCCUGGUAAAAAUGAUAUUCUAUGUUUCAAAAUCGCUCCAAGAAGUCAAGCAUAG